AGUGUGACCUCACCCUCUUCAGUCCCGCUCUUCAGCACCGGCUAUGAGUUCCUGCAACUUCACACAUGCCACCUUUGUGCUUAUUGGCGUCCCAGGCCUAGAGGAAGCCCACUUCUGGUUCGGCUUCCCCCUGUUGUCAAUGUAUGCUGUGGCGCUGUUUGGAAACUGCAUUGUAGUCUUCAUCGUCAGGACGGAGCGCAGCCUGCAUGCACCCAUGUACCUCUUUCUCUGCAUGCUGGCAGCCAUUGACCUGGCCUUGUCCACCUCCACCAUGCCCAAGAUCCUUGCCCUCUUCUGGUUUGACUCCCGGGAGAUCUCUUUUGAUGCCUGCCUUACCCAGAUGUUCUUUAUUCAUGCUCUUUCAGCCAUUGAAUCCACCAUCCUGCUGGCCAUGGCCUUUGACCGUUAUGUGGCCAUCUGCCACCCACUACGCCAUGCCGCAGUCCUCAACAACACAGUCACAGCCCAGAUUGGCAUUGUAGCUGUGGUCCGCGGCUCCCUGUUCUUUUUUCCACUUCCGCUGCUCAUCAAGCGAUUAGCCUUCUGCCACUCCAAUGUGCUCUCACACUCCUACUGUGUGCACCAGGAUGUGAUGAAGUUGGCCUACACUGACACCUUGCCCAAUGUGGUCUAUGGUCUUACUGCCAUUCUGCUGGUCAUGGGUGUGGAUGUCAUGUUCAUCUCCUUGUCCUAUUUCCUGAUUAUACGAACAGUUCUGCAACUGCCUUCCAAGUCAGAGCGAGCCAAGGCCUUUGGGACCUGCGUGUCACACAUUGGUGUGGUCCUGGCCUUCUAUGUGCCACUCAUUGGCCUCUCAGUGGUGCACCGCUUUGGAAACAGCCUUGAUCCCAUCGUGCAUGUCCUCAUGGGAGAUGUCUACCUGCUGCUGCCUCCCGUCAUCAAUCCCAUCAUCUAUGGUGCCAGGACCAAACAGAUCAGAAUACGGGUGCUGGCGAUGUUCAGGAUCAGCUGUGACAAAGACAUCCAAACUGUGUGACACGGGUGACCCUGACUGUUCCACUUCCCCAUCCUUAUUGGCUUGAUACAAUCAUGCCAUAAGAGGAGCUUAAUUCCCAUUGUCUGUAAGCACAGCAGUGCUUUUCUCCAGCUGAAACAGUAAACUAAAUUAUGGUUCAUUCACUUCAUGGAAUAUUAUGUGGAACAAUCCAUAUUCAUAUUAUUUGGUUAAAGACUCUGAUUUAAAGUGAAACAGCUUUGUAACACUGAGUAAAAACAAUUGUGAUUUACAACUGAAACUAACUUGAAAAACAGCCUAUGCCUCGGAAGAAGUGUGUUCAAAUUGCUGGUGAUGUUAGUUUUGUUCCUAUUUCUAAAUGCUUUGUGAUGAAUGUAUUAUUUAACUGACAAGUACAGGUUUUUAAAUGAGGAAAAUAAAAUUGCUAGUUUAGGAAAAUCACAGUCCUCCCUGUGGUGUUUUUACACAUUACCUGGAUUCUCCAAACCCU